AUGGAUAGCCGGAACAUCAGCGGCGUCCUCGCCUUCCUUCCGCCACCGCCGGCCUCCAGCAAGACCAGCCCCCGCCCCGACGGCGCCGCGGUCUUCUCCUCGGGCGCGCGCGACCGCAUCAGCCAGCUCCCGCGCGAGCUCCUCCAGGAUAUCGUGUCGCGCCUGCCCGCCGCCGACGGCGCCCGCACCACGGCGCUCUCCCGUCCCUGGGCCCGGAUCUGGGCCUCCGUGCCCCUCGUCCUCGACGACGCGCUGUUCGUCCCCGCCCCCGCCGGCGCCGAGGGCUUCAGAUCCCACGCCGUGGUGGUGAACAAGGUGUCCCGCGCCAUCAACUCCCACCCGGGCCCCUUCCGCUCCGUCCGGCUCACCAGCACCGACUUCAACAACCACGACUGCCUCAGCCUGCGGGAGCUCGUCGUGUGCGAGGGCUACUUCCAGGCGGACGACCUGGGCAGGCUGCUCGUCGGCUCCCCUAAGCUGGAGCUGCUCUCGCUGAUCAACGCACAGGGCAUGCCCAGCUCCAUGGACAUCGUGAGCCCCACCAUGAAAAGCUUGGUUCUUUGUGUGUUCCACACACAGGAGCUCAACUUGCUCGACGCGCCAUCCCUUGAGCGUGUGAUCAUCUGGAGGCCUAGCAUACUCGUCUUUGCUAACAUCUCUUUGAUCAAGAUCACCGGCGCGCCCGGCCUUCGCGCAAUUGGGUACCUCGACACCAACGCCCAUGCGAUCCAGAUUGGAGGAACUAUCAUAAAGGCUGGGACGAAGGUGAUUAGCCCGCUUCUGACGAUCCCUAGUGUUGAGACGCUGGCUAUAAAAGUAAGGUUUGGAUCAAAAGGGGAGGAGAAUACGCUUCUGUCCUUUCUCAAGCUAUUUCCAAAUAUCAAGACUCUAUACGUGAUGGCUGCUGCUCAUCCUUCCCCAUCAUCUUCUACAUCACCUGAUGAGCAUGAUGUAGAUUUCUGGAUGAAGAACCUGAGAUCCAUUUUAUGUGUCUGUUCUCAACUAACGAAGUUCACAUUCUACAACCUACAUGGUGUGGUUCUCAGUGAUCUUGCAUUCAUUAAAGCCAUCAUGGGAUCAGCUAGAUUACUUAAGGAGAUGCGUCUUUUCAUGUCCGAUGAAAUCUUCUUUCAUGGGACAUUUGAUACAAAUGAAGAGAAAGAGACUGCUCUAAGGAACUAUUUAUCUGAGUCUGAGAUCGGCUGGGCCAGUGAUACAGCGAAGCUGGAUGUAUUUCCAUACGAUGGUGCGAAAUUGAAAUACAAGACAGUAUCUGAUCCAACCCGCGACGACCCUUUUGAUUACAUGAGUUAGAUGUGUCUUCCUUCUUCUGUGAGACUAUGGAUUUUGCUAAUGCAUGGUUGUGCAUUACUCUGUUGGAGUUAUUCUUAUCUCCAUGUAAUAAGAGGGUUAAUUUUAGAAGUAUUCAUCGUAGAAGCUGAAGUUAAUUUCAUUUAGCUUGAUCUUCAAACGUUUGAAGCUCACUGUUUAUAUAUGCAAACUCUUACAUUUUAAUUUGGU